AUGAGCAAAUAUGAGCAUCUUUUGGAGAAGAUGAGUUGUCUCAAACCCGCUCUAUUUGCCAUCUUUUGGAAAGACAUUUUGCAGCCAUUUUACGCUACAAACAAGAUCAUGCAUGACCCGAAGAUGACUCUUGAGUCUGCAAUGCAUACAUUGAAAUCACUGAAAUUAUUUGUUGAAUCCAAAAGAGACGAGUUUGACAAAUACGAAGAAGCUGCUAAAGGAAUAUCAAGUACUAACCAGUACAUACAAUCUCGCACCAGAACUAGAAAUGUGAGGUUGGAUCCGCUCGAUUAUAUGAAAGCACAAGAUGCUAACUUGUCACACAAAGAUAAAAUUGUCAGGUUUUAUUCCAGUGAUUGA